GUCAGUGCGACGUGACAUGUGUCAGAUGGAUCUGUUUACAUUUUGCUGGGCGUGUUUGUGAUUCACAAUAAAAGUGUUGAAUUACUGUGUCUAAAUAGGUGUUUUAUGCUCUAAUUUCUCGCGAUAUUGCAUGCUGGAAUUGCCCAUGAGAAGAGUUAAUGAGGAAAGUGAUUGAGAUGGCUGUAAAGGCGUGUGGCAAUGCAAGAUGGGCGUUUAAAGUAUCAGAAUGGAGACCAUCAUUUGAGGAGUUGAAAUUGGCUUGCUCGUGCAUUCAGGAGGAGGAGAGGCGUCGCCUGGCAAAGUUUGUCUUUCGGGAUGACUUCGAUGCAUCAAUUAUUGGACGUCUGAUGAUGCGGAAAUUUAUUGCAGAGGCUACAGGAAUGGAUUAUGACGCAAUUGAGCUGGCCAGAGAUGAGAGGGAGAAACCCUUCUGGAGAAAUUCAAGUGGAAGUGAUUGUCAUGUGGAUUUCAACGUGUCUCAUCAGGGGGAUUACUGUGUAUUGGCUGGAACAGUGUCGGGGGAACGUGACAGAAAAAUUGGGGUGGAUGUCAUGAAGAUGGAGUACACAGGAGGGAAACCUUUAAAUGAAUUCUUUCGGCUGAUGACGAGAAAUUUUUCACCCAGUGAAUGGGAAUGUAUUAGAAGCAAAAAGUCAGAUGAUGGUCAAAUUGGUGCCUUUAUGCGUCACUGGUGCCUGAAGGAGAGCUAUGUGAAGAAUGUUGGAGUUGGAAUUACGGUUGAUCUGCAGAAGAUUAGCUUCUCAUUAGGAUCUAAGGAACUUUCUUUGGAGUCUCCCACGAUGGACACAAAACUCUUUCUAAAUGGAGAAUUGGCAACUGAUUGGAAGUUCGAGGAGUCUCUUAUUGAUUCUCAGCACUGUGUAGCUGUUUCCCUCCUCAACAUUCCUGCAAAUUAUGCUCCACUUCCCUUCCAAAGGGUUUCCUAUCAGCAAUUGAUUGACGGUGCCAAACCACUAGCGCAAAUCGAUGAGAUUUACUGCCACAAUAUUCAACGGAAGGAAUAUAAAUCCUGAUGGAUUUUUGCCAUGAGGAGAGAAGGAAAUGUAUAUACAUACUCGGAAUAUUUCAACAUUUUGAUGGCUGUCUCACCAAAGUUCUCUUCUAUAAUAUCUUUCUGGUGGAAAAUCAACAGAAACACGAACAGCGAAUAUCAUCACUGUGGCAACGUCUUUGAUGUUGAUAUGCAAUAAGCAUAGAAAUAAUGUUAAUGGCAUCGUGUUUUCUAUUAAAAAUAAACAUGCUCAAGUCAC